GACCAUUCCCAGAAAACCCGUACCUUUAUUCAAAGAAGUCUCGUAAGAUGAAUUUCUUAUCGUGCCCCAGAAAACCUCUACUUACCAUGUUUUGCUUGCAGCGUUGGUUUAUGGCAGCCUCCAUUUCAUCACCUUUGAUGGUACGGAGUACUCCUUCAAGGCCCUGGGAGAGUUCGUGAUCGUGCGUCUCUCCUCCAACACCGGCUCUAAUAUCUUCACCCUGCAAGGACAGACUGACAAGCUACACACAGACGCAAAGGGGAUCAUUGAGGUCCCAGUGGUGGUGCGCAUGGCUGCCUUCCACCAGGGCAUUGGCAAGAUUGAAUGGAGAUGUGCAGAGAAAGGAGAUGGACUCCAGGUUUUUGUGGAUAAUGUUGAAGUCCCAGUUACCGUUGGUGUCGUGCACACGGCUGCGAAGGACUUCGCUGUGCGCUGCGUGUCGGUGAGUCGCUGUGCAGCAGUGUACGCUGGUGGUCUCCAUGUGGUGGCCUGGCGGAUUGCGGGCCACAAUCAGCUGGCGGCCAUGGUGGGGCUUCCUCACACCUUCUUCAACCGCACCGUGGGUCUCAUGGGUCUGUGGAGCUCCAACCGCUCGGACGAUUUCCUCAUGUCAGACGGCAAGCUCCUCCCCUCAGUGGACCUCACCCCCCCCUCAGAGGAGAGACUGCAUUACUUUGGCUUGUCAUGGGCAGUGCCAGUCCCAGAGAGCCUGUUGUUCUCUCCACCUCCACUCGUUCCACUGAAGCAUGUCUCCGCUGAACACCUGCUGGAACGCGUGAGUCCUGCUGAGGUGGAGGAGCUGAGGAGAACCUGUAAAGGCAGCAUGGUGUGUGUCCACGACACCCUGGCAUCUGGCAGCUCUGACAUGGGCCUGCAGUCUCUGGACGCCGAGAAGCAGUUCCAAAAUCUGGCUCUGAUCUAUGGUAACAUGCCUCCUAUAGUGACAGAGCCCACAGUGAUCCACGGCAAGGUCAAUUCUACUGUCAACACUAAGAUUGCUGCUCAGGACCCCAACGGAGACCCCAUCACCUACUCGAUGCUCUAUCCCAGGCCUGCUGGGGCUUCCAUUGGCAGUGGUGAUGGCUACCUGACGUGGACUCCCCUCAGCACCCAGCCUGUGCAGCUGACUAUCAGGGUCAGCGACAAGCUCUCCAGCUCCCUGUUCAGUCCGAUCCUGCGUGUUUGCAGCUGCCUCAACGGAGGAACCUGCCAGUAUGACAGCAUUGCCGAAAACCACCAGCAGGGAAAGUUCCAGGUGGUCGGCUGCCUGUGUCCAAAGGGCUUCAGUGGAAAGUUCUGUGGGAACACCUCAGACAUAUGUCAAGGCAAGCCCUGCUUCCGAGGGGUGAAGUGCCAGUCGAAGACAGAGCCCGACCAGUUCACCUGUGGAGAGUGUCCUGAGAGUACUGUCUCUAAUGGAAAACAGGGAUACAAGUGCUUUGAGCAUGACAUGUGCAUCCAUCCUUACCCCUUUCCUUGCCACAAAGAUGCCGACUGCCACAGCACAAAACAAAACUACACCUGCACAUGCAAGCCUGGCUUUGCAGGAAAUGGACACAACUGCACAGAUAUAGACGAGUGUGCAGAGCUCUCCAGCUGCCCCAAUGCUAAGUUUGAGUGUAAGAACAAGCCGGGCUCCGUUGACUGCCUCUGUAGAUACAAGGACACCAAGGACACUGACGGAUGUGGUGACUCUGCCAACCCUCCAGGGUCUAAUUUGUUCAAUGUCUCUGUGAACUGGAAGAAGGACGAAUCUGAUGGACUGGAUCAGCUGGUGGACAUCAUGAUGAUGGGUUUCCAGAACAAAUUCUACAACGCCAGCAAGAAGGAGCCAGGACAGAGCUCUAAACCAGGCUCGGGGGAAUAUCGUAUCAACAUGUCCAGUGACACACCCCACUGGUAUAUCAGAGACUACCUGGCCAGAGUCAGCGGCCACUAUGACAUCAGUGGCAUUGAGGUUGAUGAUCUGGACGAGUGUAAGGCCAAGGAGGCGUUGUGUGUCUCUCCAGCCCUGUGUGCCAACACCUACGGAGGCUACAGGUGUGUCUGCAACGGCACUGAUCUGGAUGAAACCCAGUCCUGUGUAUUAGGGCGAGGCAAGGGGGGCGAUGUGGAGCUGGACCUUGUUCUGGGCCUGGUUCUGGGCAUCGGCAUCCCUCUGCUCCUGCUGCUCCUCCUGGCUGCACUGGCCUGCUUCUGCUGCUGCAAGAAGACUGUGACUGGGGACCUCCCCCACUUGUUGCCAGACCACAUCCAGGAGCAGCACAACCCCCCGCCCUUCAACUACUCGGACCCUGCCCUGCAGUACAUGACCCACUGCAGCCCUCGGAUCAUAGACAACAUCACACCCAGGCAGCGCCUCAGAUAGCACAUGCUAAAACGCCAUAAACACACAUGCAUGUGUUUGCAAAAUCACUCUCACGGACACUGAAAAGACAGUAAGCUUUCAAACACAAUGCAAGCACUUUUGGAGCCUCUAUAUAUGUUUUAUGAUGACAAGAUGAACAACUCUUAUUUAUAUUGUAGCAAACAAGUAAUUAAAGCAGAGUGACAUUUAACGUCAGUCAUUUCCAAUCCUCUCUGCUGAGCGAUGGACCUGCCAAGUGUGAGCUUGGAAGGUGUGUUUUUUUGUUUUUUUGCCUUGACAACAGUUUACAGUCAGAGACUGACCCAGCAGAACUUGACAAUCGCUUGGCUGGAGACAUUGAUGAAAAGUACACCACUGCAGUGGUCUUUAGCUUCCAGCUGAUACUAGGCCAAAAGCAUCCUUGAUAGGGACAUUAGCAUGUAUCUGGCGUGUCACACUCCAGCCCUCUGUUCACAAUUAUACUCAAGUGUGUUAUUGUUCUUCUCCAAAAUGUACAGUAAUACAUCAAUAUUUGGAAAAUCUGCAAUUUCUUAAUCACCAAACCAUUGUCAAUUCGAUUUAUGUGGUUGUCAUUAUUCUGCAAACAUUUUCAAAAGUUGGCAACACUGUUUUCUAAAAGCAUUUAUCUCAUUUUGGAAUCACAUGAUGACAAACAAUAAUUGUUCACUUCCUGUUCACACAGCUGAGUAAUUCAGCAUUUCAACAGAUGUGUAAA